AGUGCAACUUCGCUUGGUGGCAUUUUAGUGGUUCUAUUUCAUUCGCUGCUGAUAUUGCGCCGCCAUCUUUCUUUUCUUACAAUUGUCGGCUAAGAGAUACAAUAUGGGUACUGUGGAACGUGCCGGUGAUGCUACUUCCGAGAUGGAGUCAGGAGAAGAGGAGAUCGUUGGCGGCGGCGAACUUGCCCAACACCUGAUGCAAAGUGGCCUGACCCGCGGCGAGAUGUUAGCGGCGAUAACGAACCGCAUCCAUGCGGAGACGCUUGCGUCGCUACCGCCGAACGUGCGCCGGCGCAUCCGCGCACUUCGCUCCCUGCAGAAGGACUUUGUUGACAUCGAGGCCAAGUUCUACAGCGAGGUGCACGCCCUCGAGUGCAAAUACGAAAAACUAUACAAACCACUCUUUGAAAAGCGAGCACAAAUAGUGAAUGGUCACUACGAGCCUACAGAUGAAGAGUGCCAGAACCCCUGGCGUGAUGAUUCUGAGGAGGAGGAGCUGGCACGCGCCGUGCAGAACGCAUCACUGACGGAGGGCGAAGACAAAAAGGAGGGCAACGAUAAUAAACCUGCAGAACCACCAAUGGACCCCAAUGUCAAGGGUAUACCAGACUUUUGGUACACCAUCUUUAAAAAUGUGGCCAUGCUCAAUGAAAUGAUGCAGGAGCAUGACGAACCUAUCAUCAAAUGCCUGCAGGAUAUCAGAGUGCAAAUGCACGAGGAUCCGUUCGGCUUCACUCUGGAGUUCCACUUCGCUCCCAACGACUACUUCACCAACACAAUCCUUACCAAGGAGUACUCCAUGAAGUGCAAACCUGAUGAUGACAAUCCAUUGGAGUUUGAGGGACCAGAGAUUUACUCUUGCAAGGGUUGUGAGAUAAACUGGAAGAAGGGCAAGAAUGUGACAGUGAAGACAAUAAAGAAGAAGCAGAAGCACAAGUCUCGCGGCUCUGUACGCAUCGUCACCAAGUCGGUGCAGGCUGACUCCUUCUUCAACUUCUUCUCCCCGCCUGCAGUGCCCGAGGACCCAGACUCUGAUAUACAGAAUCUGUUAACCGCUGACUUCGAGAUCGGGCACUACAUCCGUGAACGUGUAGUGUCUCGCGCUGUGCUCAUCUACACCGGAGAGGGGCUGGACGAUGAUGAUGACGACUACGAAGAGGAGGAGGAUUCUUAUUCCGACGAAGAUUCCGGCACUGAGGAGGUUUCCGACGCCGAGGAUUGAUGCGACCGUCCCUUGUGAUACAACACGCCUAUUGCCCCUCCACCUCGAUUACUUAGGUCAAAAGUCGAACUACAUAGGUCAAAACUUAGCGACACAUUUGAUCUAAGUUUUAUAUGAGAACUAUUUUAUUGCACACAAAAUUAUUGUGCCUUUUUUUCAUACCGCUAAAGUCAUAUCAAUGUUCAUAUCUUGAAUAUUUUUGCGAUGUACCAAAAAUAAAUCCUAUUUUUUUUUUCGGACGUUAAGUGAUAAUUAAUACUCUCUGAGAAUCGGGAACUAAGAGUUCCGAGAACGCGAGUUCUGUCUUUCCUAGUUCGUGUUAAUGCGUCGUGAAAUUUAAUAAAUUGAUAGUAUUUUUGCGCUAGAUAGGUUAGGAAUUUCUCGCAUUUAUAUAUAAAUAUAUAAUUCUAUGCAUGAUUUAUCAAUCUAAUAGAUAAAUAUGUUUUAGAUGGAAAGCCUUCGUGGCUAGAUCAUAGCGAGAACAAAUGGUGCCUUAUGUAAUGCAUGUUAAUUGUUAGACAUUCAACACAUAUACUGCAUUUCUAGAUUAGUUAUAUACAAUUCUCGUUUCUAUUUAUUAUAUACAUAAAUAAUUGUAAUAGCGUAUAUUUUGUUUACGAGUUUUACAUACGUUGUUUGUGUACUAGAAAUUUCAUGUGAUAUUAAUGUUCUCUAAGGCUAUUUAAUUAUUUCCUACUCUGAGAAGCUGGCAUUCCAACAUUGUGAAAUGUUCACGUCACACGAAUAUGGUCGAAUCUCUCUCUUGUUAGUGCCAAAAUGCAUUUUUUUUAUAUCUUAUCGAUUGAUAACUGAAAAACUGUGAUCUUGUCUUAUUCUAAAAUACAUUUAUACACUCGGCCGACUGGACUAGGAAUAUGUAUAGUUUUUCUAAAUAUGACAUAUAUGAGACCGUUUUCAUUUUGUUAAAACUCAAUAUAUGUAAAAUGAAGGCAUUUGCUCUAGUUUCACAUGUUGUGGUCAAAAACUUGACUAGAUUCUAAAGACGAAAGACUAAUGUAGGCGAUGACUUUAAUAAUGUUUUGUGAAACUAGUUCCAAGUGUUUUUCUUUUAAAUGUAUUGUAUAUUUUUGUUUAAUGUUUUCUUCUAUUGAAGUCUGCAUAAUGUGUAGCUGUUGCGGCUGCUAAGGUAGUGUUACGUACAUGGUUAUGGCUUAUAUGUUUUGGCAUGAUGUCCCAGUGACGACAUUAAAAAAAAUUGUAUGCUUUUUA